AUGCAACAGUUUCUCGUCGAUACGGAAAAAAAAUUCCCGGGCCGCUUAGUCCAAAACGACGAUGAUAUUAUAAGCAUUAUCAAGCAGAGCUACCAUAUUACGAAUUACGGUUCCUGCACUGCCGCUAUGGGUAGACCUGAGAACCCCAUGGCCGUGGUGGAUGCCCAGGCCCGGGUUUAUGGGCAGUUUUACCUAAUGAUUUAA